AAAGGUUUUAAAAAAAGUGAUAUGAUUAUCAUAAAUAAAAAAGUUAUGGGAAUAAAAAGACUUGAACCGACAUGGGAUGGGGUACAAAUGUUCUAGAAAAGUUUUUGUUUUUGUUUUUAUUUUUGUUUUUUUUAAGUAAUUUUUUUUUAAUGUCCACACCAAGCAAAUUCCAGGAAUCCUGCAGGGCCUUUAUGGAUGAUUGACUUUGUAAUUACAAUUGGCUCAUCCCUAUUGUCUGCUGGGAAGUUUCUUUGCUGUUUCAUCACUUCACUUUUCUUCUUUUUUAUACUGCUAAAAACUGUCUGCUUGUUCAUUCAUUAUUGUUUGCUUGUUUCAUUCUAUUCAUUGUUGCGAGUUAUUUAAUUAAUUUGUUUUUUUAACAAGGGUGAAUUAAUUGUGGAGAGUUUGAGAUCAUCAUGUGGCAAGGAACUCUUUCAAUCCAGUCAUGUUUCCCAGAAGGAAACUCUACUCCAAACUCUGCCAGAAGCCAACCGAGCUCGGCCAGAAGCCAACCUUCAACAAUGGUGACAAUUGAGAUGCCACCCAAGAAUUUAGCAUCCACAGUGGUUCCGCCACAGCCCUCCUCCCGGUCAGUUGUUUCGUUACAGCGCCCUGACCGUACCAACACUGUGAUUGCAGCAUUUUCUAACAUGGUUCCAAGUGAAGUUACAUCCGGGCCUGCCUCUGCUUCUCUACUCACAUCACCCCGUGGAUUGCUAAGAGUCAGUUGCAUCCAUCUGCACUAUCUGCUAGGAUCGCAAAGGGGCAGGAAACAGUUCUUCACAUUGCAGCUGGAGCCAGACAGACCAAGUUUGUGGAAGAGUUAGU